AUGGCGGUAAGUUUUUCGAUUUUUUUAUUUUUUUAUUUAGAAUCGAAAAAGCUCAAAAAACGGGUAAAAUAUUUUUUUUCGUAUUUUCGGCUAAGAAUGGACGGGAUUUUCCAAGAUCUUUAUGGUAAAAUACGGGACAAUCCUUCGAAAAUUUAUUUUUGCAAACAAAAAAAAUCUAGAAAAUUUACUGGGGAAGUGCUCCAAGUGCGACGCUCAGAUUUUCUUUAAAAUUUUCACACACUUUGAGCAUAGGCCACAUAUAAAUUCCUGAAAAUUUUAGCUCGCGCUUUGCAGGGGCAGCCGAGAUAUUGAACGACCUUUCCGGCCGAGAGAGUACGCGAAACGCGGAGAGCGGUCAGAAAAAACACUUUUUGGCCAUAACUUCGCUAGUUUUGUGCGGAAAAAAUUGAUUUUUUGAGGAAACAUUACUCUCCACAGUAGAAAUAGCCAUGAAACUUUUCAUGACAAAAUUCGGAAAAAAGUGUUACAUUUUUGCCAACUCUCGAACUAAAAAUCUCGAUCAUUUCUGCAAAGCGCGAGCUAGUAAUCUCGUAUAUUUCUUAAAAAAUAUUAUUCUAAAUUUAUGCAAAGUUUUGAUCAAAAUCUGAGCGUCGCAAUUGGAGCACUUCCUCUGUAAAUUUUCUCGAUUUUUUGCUUGGAAAAAUAAAUUUUCGAAGAAUUGGCCCGUAUUUUACCCUAAAGAUUUUGAAAAAAUCCCUCAAUUUACAAUCUCAAUAGCCUUUCUGAGACUCAAAAUGCAUCUCAAAAGGCAAUUGAAUUUCUCAUUUUGCCCCAACCACCCAAAAAACCCCAAAUUUUCAGACCGACAACGAUCGGCCGUUGCUAUUCACACUCAACGGAAGGCUUUAUGAUGUCCGAAAGUUCGCCGACAAACACCCUGGCGGCAAGAAAAUCCUCGAAAAGACCUCCGGCGGAGAUGUUUCCGAGUUCAUGAGCGGUCAACAGCGAGUCAUGGGGGUGAAACAUGUCCACUCACAGGCCGCCUAUGACAUUUUGGAGCGAUACGCUGUAAAUCACAGUAUCGAGGUGAGAUUUUUAUUUCAUUUUUUGGGUUUUGAGAUCAGAAUUAGCGAGUUCGAAGACGAUUUUUUUGACAGGGUUUUGCAAAAUUAAAUCUCGCGCUCGUAUUUUACCUUAUUUUAGGUAUAAAAAGGAGAUUCUUUGGAAAUUUUGACCGUAUUUUAGCGAUUUUUAAUAAAUUUUUGUUGUAGUUUAGCGAUUUUCAAUAAAAUUUUAUCGUAUUUUAGCCUUUUUUCACAACUCAUUUUUCAAAAAAAAAAAAAAAAAAAAUUUUUUUUAAUCUCAACUUUCCAGAAAGACAAGUUGAUCGACGAGAACACCCCGGUUUUACUCAAAGUCGGCCAUCUUGGCGAUAAAUACUGGAAUUGGAUCCAUCAGCCCUACGAAGGCAGCCUAAGGCUGUUUGAAUCGAAUUUCUUGGAAAUGUUAACCCGAACCGCUUGGUGGGUGGUGCCCUUAGUUUGGAUGCCCGUUGUUUUGGGAUUUGGCGCGUUUGGCUUGUCAGCUUUGGUCGCCCAAUACGGUAGGUUACUGCAUUUUUUAGAAAAACAAAAAAUUUUUUUUGGAAUUCGCACCGUGCAAACUUUGUUUUUUGGAAACCGCACAGUGCAAAUUUUAGUUUUUUUGGAAGUCGCACAGUGCAAAUUUUAUUUUUUGGAAACCACACAGUGCAGAGGUAACUUUUUUUGAAAACCGCACGAUGCAAAAUUUAUUUUUUGAAAACCGCACCGUGCAAAAAAAAUUUUUUUUGGAAGUCGCACAGUGCAAAGAUAAUUUCUUGGAAGUCGCACGGUGCAAAUUUUAUUUUUUGAAAAUCGCACCGUGCAAAUUUUCAAAAAAAUCUGCACUGUGCAAUUUCCCACAAACUUUUCGCACUGUGCAAAAAAAUCGCAAAUUGCAAAACCCAUUGCAUUAUAACUCUAUUUUUUAGGACUGUUAAAAGGCGCCCUUCUCGCUGGCCUCCUCUUUAUCCUUGGUACUUUGGCCUGGACAUUGCUCGAAUAUUUUUUGCAUCGUUUCGUUUUUCAUUGGAAGCCGGAUCCAGACUCGUACAAUCAAAUCCUACUCCAUUUUCUCGCUCACGGCCUGCAUCACAAGACCCCGAUGGACGGGGAUCGGCUGGUUUUCCCGCCGGUACCGGCGCUCAUGAUCGUCGCCGUCUUCUACGCAUUUUACGUAAAUCUGCUCCCAUUCGACAUUUUCUGCUGCUUCGCGAGCGGAAAACUGUUUGGCUAUGUUGUUUAUGACCUGUGCCACUACUACUUGCAUCAUGGAUCACCCACGCCGCGCAGCGACAUGCAUUUCCGCAAGGUCUACCAUCACAACCACCACUUCAAAGAUUUUGAUGCCGGCUAUGGAAUUUCGACAAUGUUGUGGGAUGUGGUCUUCGACACAGUUGGUACAGGACCUCUCUGA